GAUUAAAAAUAAUUAAAAUGGAAUAAAAUAAAAUAAGAAAAACCUAGAACACUAUAAAUUUGACUUUCGUCUCCUUCAUCCUCGACCAUACCAUACCAUUCGUGAAAGUCAGAAAGGACGAGUCCCUUUUUCUCCUCACUCUCCGGUGGCUGCUGUAACAUCGACGGCGUCACUACUCCACUCCCGAUCUCCCACUGCCUUUGCUCUUCUGUUCGUUGCCAUCAGCCGCUUAAGAAAGGUAUCACUGAGCUUUGAGUAGCUGAAGAAAACCCCCAAAUAAGAUGUCAGGCAGGAAAGAGACAGUUUUGGAUCUCGCUAAGUUUGUGGACAAAGGUGUACAAGUAAAGCUCACUGGUGGUAGACAAGUAACAGGGACUUUAAAAGGAUAUGAUCAGCUGUUGAACCUUGUUCUAGACGAAGCAGUAGAAUUUCUUAGAGAUGCUGAUGAUCCCUUAAAGACAACUGAUCAGACCAGAAGCCUUGGCUUAAUAGUUUGUAGAGGAACUGCUGUGAUGCUUGUGUCUCCAACUGAUGGUACAGAUGAGAUUGCCAACCCUUUUAUCCAGCCAGAUGGAGCAUAGACAGGUCUCUCCUUGCAGUAUCUGACCUUAAUUUCGUAUUCAAUUUCAACUCUCAGACUAUUGAUUUGAAUGUUUUUGUGACAUUAUGGGUCAAAUUUUAACUCUUAGAUCAUGUCAUAUUGGGUCUCAGUAGAGAACCGGAAAUGUAACAUAUGGUAUCUCACCUAUAUGAAUGAGAUUCUGAUA